AUGGCCAUAGACAGAUGCUCAAAGGAUGUUUUUGGCUUGGCAUUGAGUUUUAAUCGGCUGGGACUGGCAAAUGUUGACUGCAUAUCGUCGCUGCGUGUUGAGUACAACCAGGAGAUCUCUUUUGCAGCAAGUGACGGAUGCGUGGUUAGAUCUGGACAUGUGUGGCGUUAUAAAGAGUAUAAUAUAUUUGUAAAGCUAAAGCUUUGUCUUGUUCAGAUGUGUCUCAAGCCAUAUGCGAAUGAAGCUGCACACUAUGUAUUGUCAAUUGAUGCGGGCUCAGAUCGAGACAACCUGCUUGCGAUAUUUUCAAUUAUACACAAAUUAGUUGCUAAGCACGGGAUUUGCAACAGAGACAUUGUUCAUCGAUGUAGAAACUAUUUUUCAUUGAGCUACCUGAAACCUAUAAUAGUAAAGAUACUUAGAGAAUGCUCUAGGAGCCGACUGGAGUAUAUUAUUGAGGAAUUUGGUGCAGAGAGGCUGUUGGAUAUGUGCAUUCUUGACUCAGCAAGUCUUGACACAAACAGUUCGGAGUCGUGGGCGAUGGCAAAAAGACUGUUUUCGUAUAUAAAUGAGGAGUCAUUUAAGAAAGCCAAAAAGAUACUACGAGAGAUAGACACGACUUUUUUUUUAUGCUUUCCAGAAGAGUUUAGCGAAGCUGGAUAUAGGCAUCUCAGAGAGCUAUUUGCAGGAGUAGACGAAAAAAGAGCCAACAUGAUUCUGGAAAAGAUACCGCGCAAAUCACCCGUUAGGUUAUUUCUGCCUGUGCAGGUACAUGAUGCUAAAGGGUUCUUUGUGCACAAGGAGCUAGAGGUCAGGAUUGAGUCACUUAGGCAUGUUUAUAGUGUUGAGUCAAUGAGAAUGUUUUUGAAAGUCAACCAAUUCAUUGAGAAUAGAAAUGCAAUAAGACUGGCAUCAAGAUACUUCGAAAUGUUUUUGAUGCGAGGAUGCAGAGAUAUUGAAGAUGUGCACAUGCUGUAUUCUGAGGUAAUACUUCCAAUGGUUCUGUCUUGCAAUGCAUCAAGGAGAGUUCUUGGGAUGCACCUGACCGGUGUAUUAGUAAAGAAAAAGUAUGUGAGAUUUCAUACGCUUAGUAACUUACUUUUUGAUCAAGACUACGAAGUAAGGAUGAUUUCUAGAAUGCACAGCAAGUGCAUGCUGAUUGAUAGAGACGAAAUUAUGAGAGCAAUAAGGAGCUAUCAAUACCACGAUGUUUAUGGAUGCGUGGAUUAUGUCCGAUGCAUUGAAAACAUAAAUGCCCGCGAUAAAAUAAUGGAUGAGAUGAAGGCAGUGCUUGAUGAAUAUAUGAUGGAUUUUGUGAAUCACAGCAAGCCUAUGCUGGACUACCCUGUGCAUGGAUUGAUAAAUUUGCUUUCUUAUGCAGCAAGAUAUGAUAUCAUAAAGAAUGUUGACUUGAUUUAUGAGCGUUGUUUCCAGAAGCUCAGCAAUGCUAUUGAUGAAAGCGAAUCGGAAGAUAUGGUGGCAUAUUGGAGGAAUAUGAAGGAAUGCAGCCAUUACUACUGCACUAUGGCGCUAAGAGGCGACAGGGCGCAUUCCAUGCAGAGAAUAAUUGGUACACUGCUGAACAUUAAUCACUUAGGCAUCCUCUUGCUUGCGGCAGACCAUCUGAAUGCCAUUUUUGCAGGAGUUCGGCUUCGUGAAUGCGAGAUCAUGGAGGUUGUUGAAACAGUGUUUGAUAGGAUCAAAAAAUGCAAGGUUGUUUUUAGAAAGAGCGGAGGAAUUGCAUUGGUACUUGAGUCCAUUACAAAGCACUAUCCUGAAGCUGCAGAGUGUGUCCUUAGGGCUGUAUUUGAGCAAAUGGAAUCUGAAAAUGAAAAUGUAAAGGUGCACUGCUUGAAUGUGAUUAGCAGAGUGGUUGGAAGUGCAUACAACAUCCUUCAAUCAACCUAUGGCAUGACCGAGCUAUUUAAGCUUGCUUUAAAUUGCAUUUGUUCGGAGGUAUGGCGCAUAAGAAGUAUAGGGAUAGAAAUAUUUGCAAGCCUGGUGAAGAAGGUGUUUGGAAGGUCAGGGCAUGUCGAUGACUGCUUUCUUGCACAUUCAGGACUUAGAAAACUGCUGCACGAAUAUAUUUCUCUGCAGGAUGCAAAGAAUGUACUGCUUGCUGCUGUUUUCCACAUAUAUGCAAGAAUCAAGGUUCUGAAUGCAAAUGAAAUUGAUUCAAUCAAAAGGUUCAAUAGUAAGAGUGGACUGCUUGGACUGCAAUCAAGAAUCAUUUCAGAGGGAAGAGAAUGUAAAAUCGCAAAAGCAGCGGAGUAUAGAAUGAAAUUCCCUGUGUGCUUGUCUUCUGGAGAAAUCAUAUCGCGAGUAUUGAUUCUGCUGGACUCUGAGCAUGAGGAAGAGUAUGAAAUGGCAGUUAGGUAUGCAAGAGACCGGUAUGGGUUGCGAAUGUGUUCGAGUGAGUAUCUCAAGCACUGCAUUGCCCAUGAAAUCGUUUCGAUUGGGCAUACUGAAAAUGCUGUGCAAAAGCUCAGAAAGUAUGGUGCUAACGUUGUGGUAUCAUCAAGCCGUUUCUUUAGCGAUUCUGCAUCAAAUGAGAAAUUUGAUCUAGACCAUACCUUAUCAUUACUCAGGCCAUCGAACCUUGAAUUUGAAUCAUGGGCAAACUAA